CUUUCAGACACUGAUCAUAAGCGAGACAAUGACCACACACAGCAGCAGAACUGGUUGGCCUAAAGGAGCAAAUCCAAUGUCGUAUGCAGCAAAAUAUGGCAUAACUAACCCUUCUCCUACAUUAGAUCGUCCGAUUAACCUGUAUCCUCUGACAAACUACACAUUUGGAACCAAAGAACCUUUGUAUGAGAAGGACAGUUCAGUGCCUGCCCGAUUCCAGCGAAUGAGAGAUGAGUUUGAGAAGAUUGGAAUGAGAAGAUCUGUGGAGGGAGUGCUAAUUGUACAUGAACAUGGUUUACCACAUGUCCUCCUGCUUCAACUGGGAACAACAUUUUUCAAACUACCCGGGGGAGAAUUAAAUUCUAGAGAAGACCAAGUGGAAGGAUUAAAGAGAUUACUAACAGAGACAUUGGGAAGACAAGAUGGUGGAACAAUGGAGUGGGUGGUGGAAGACACGAUUGGAAACUGGUGGAGACCAAAUUUUGAACCCCCACAGUAUCCAUACAUCCCAGCACAUAUAACAAAACCAAAAGAACACAAAAGACUUUUCCUUGUGCAACUCCCAGAAAAAGCAUUGUUUGCAGUCCCUAGGAAUUAUAAACUGGUAGCCGCCCCAUUGUUUGAGCUGUAUGACAACAGCGCUGGAUACGGGCCAAUCAUUUCAAGUUUACCUCAAGCACUCAGUCGGUAUGAGCUUCUAUUUUCAUCACUAGUUUGGAGAAUUGAUUACAGUAGACCCUUGUCUAUUCAGAUGCUUUGGUUCGCAGUUGAAAUAGUUCAGAUAAGUCAAAGAUGAAUAUUCGCUGAAAUUUUUAGAGGCCAAUGGGCCCCCAAGUCUACAAUUUGAAGCACCCACAUUGAAUACAUUAAGCCCGCUUCCAAAUCGACAUUUUUAAAAAAUUUCAUAAACAUACCUUACAUCAAUGAAAAAAAUACCUUAAUGAACUUGACGUUUUGAAAUAGAUAUCCCCUUGAUAUCACCAAUUUACACUUUGACCAAACCAGAGUACAAAAAUUAUUUUCAUAACAUUCUGGACCUUGGGUGCUUCUUAUGCAUUUGUUUUCUUAGUUCUGUUACUGAUUAUUUUGUUUUAGUGGCUUGUGUACAUUCUCAGACAUUAUGUUAACAGGCAGUAUAAAAAUAAAUCAAACACCCGGCCCAUCGGGCCUAAAUGCCACAUUCAACACAAAUCUUCAAGGGGCAGGAAUACGAUUUGAACUGAAAAAUGUUCAUAUUUUUUUCCAUUUUUAAUGUUUAUUAUGCUUAAUUAAGGUAUUUCUAUCAGCGAAAAUUCGAAUGUCAGUUGUCAAGUUGCAAGAGAGAGAUACAGCACUCACAAUUCUUUGUUAUGUAAACAAGGCUCAUGUCAUGUUUUUGUUUACAUAGGUUAAAUAUACUUGUAAAAUUUUCAUUUAGAGCAAAUGAUUUCAAUUUACAAGUUAAUUUUGAACACAGUUAAACAGUUUCUAGUAUAUGUCACAUCUCAAUUUGUUUGUAAACAACAACUUGGCACGAGCCUUGUUUACAUAACAAAAAAUGCUGUAUCUCACUUGUAACUCAACUAUUGAUAUUCAAAUUUUUGCUGACCAUUAGAAAUGCAUUCGUUAAGCAUUGUAAACAUUAAAAAUGGGAAAAUAUAAUUUGAAAAUUUUCCAAUUCAAAUCGUAUCCAUGCCCCUUUAAAGGAGCUGCAAUAAUGUAGCCCUAUCUGAUCUGGAAUUGUGCAAAAUAAUUUUAUGAAUAACCGAUAAUAAGCUCCGUUUAUAAGUCCCAAAUGUUGUUUACACCAAAAGGAGUACCAACUUUGUGCUUGGGCAUGUCUAAUAAAGGUGUUUUUCAUUAAACAUGUACAGCAUGCAAAUAUCUUCGUCUGCUCUGCCAUGCUUGUUAUCGCGAGAUCUCGUAGGUGGAUAUACUGAAAAACCUGAACAUUGACAAUUUACGGGAAAAUGUAGUUACUUGAGCCACUCCGACAAAGAAAGGAAAAUCCUAUGGUUGCAGAAAGAAUUUACACUCUGCUGUUCGUUUUUUUAACUUGAUAUUAAAUCUAAACCUUUUUAAUACAGACGAAAUAGCUUUCUCCUCCGUACUUGUCCAUUGAUGUAACUACUACCUUAUGUGGCAUAUACAAAUAACUUGACAAUUGGAAGUUGAAACUUCAGUACAUCAAACAUGGCGCACAAAUAUGAAUCGAGAAAUUGGAAUAUAUCGAAA